UUAUGAGCGCGAUAGCAGGACCCCUCUACGGACUGGGAGCUGAAGCAUUCAACAGUUUGGCAGUUUUCCUGCCGACAUUAGUAGCAGCGAUAGCAUAUUUUCAAUACGAACAAUCGGACCCUGAAAGUAGACCUAUAGACGUUGCAUCUGAAGAAUUGCUCGACAGAUAUGAUUUUAUAGUGAUUGGAGCAGGUUCUGCGGGUGCUGUGGUUGCAAAUCGUUUGAGCGAAAUAGAAGGAUGGAAAGUUCUGUUAUUAGAAGCGGGCGGAGACGAAACGGAAAUUUCCGAUGUGCCGGUCCUGGCAGCCUACCUUCAAUUGUCGGCCUUAGAUUGGAAAUACAAAAGUGAGCCCCAAGGACAAGCAUGUUUAGCAAUGAACAACGGAAGAUGCAACUGGCCCAGAGGAAAGGUCAUAGGCGGCUCGUCGGUCCUAAACUACAUGCUGUACCUUCGAGGAAAUAAAAAAGACUACGAUCUCUGGGAAUCGAUGGGCAAUCCAGGAUGGGGCUAUCAAGACGCCCUUUACUAUUUUAAAAAGUCAGAAGACAAUAAGAAUCCUUAUUUGGCCAAAACUGAUUAUCACUCUACCGGAGGAUUUCUGACGGUGUCAGAAGCCCCUUAUCAUACGCCACUGGUGGCCGCGUUUUUGGAAGGAGGAAAGCAGAUGGGUUAUGAGAACAGGGACAUCAAUGGGGAGUUUCAGACUGGAUUCAUGAUGGCUCAAGGAACCGUGAGAAGAGGAUCCAGAUGCUCAACGGGCAAAGCAUUUUUGAGACCAAUAAGACUACGUCCCAAUUUGCAUAUUGCCAUGAACUCACACGUUACCAGAGUUUUGAUAGAUCCAAUGUCAAAAAUCGCAUUUGGUGUGGAAUUCUAUAGAAAUGGUAAACUAUACAGAAUCAGAGUGAAGAAAGAGGUCAUCCUGUCAGCGGGUUCAGUGAACUCUCCUCAACUAUUAAUGCUGUCCGGAGUCGGCCCGAAACAAGAAUUAAACAAACACAAGAUCCCCGUCAUUCAGGACUUGAAAGUGGGGCACAAUCUACAAGAUCAUAUCGGUCUCGGAGGGCUAACGUUCCUUAUUAACAAACCGGAGUCGAUUACGUUGGAUAGGAUUUAUUCUGUAGGAACCCUUAUGCAAUACGUCCUCUUCGGCGGCGGACCACUGACCAUCAUGGGCGGAGUUGAAGGGCUAGCAUUCGUGAACACCAAAUACGCCAACGCAUCAGACGAUUUUCCCGAUAUAGAGUUCCAUUUUGCGUCUGGGUCGACGCAUUCCGACGGAGGGGAUCAAAUUAAAAAGGCCCAUGGUUUGACCGACAUUUUUUACGACAAAGUCUUUAAACCCAUUGAGAAAAUGGACGCAUGGAGCGUUAUACCCAUGUUGUUAAGGCCGAAGAGCAGAGGUGUUAUAAAACUUCGAAGCAACCAACCUACCGAUGCGCCACUUAUAUACCCUAACUAUUUUAUGGAGGAGGACGAUAUGAAAACAUUGAUAGAAGGAGUAAAAAUAGGAGUGAAACUGAGUCUAACACCGGCUUUUCAAGCUUACGAAAGCAGACUAGUUGAGUUUCCGGAUUGUGCUCAUAUAACGAAAUUCACAGACAAAUAUUGGGAGUGUAUGAUCAGAUUAUAUUCUGUUACUAUCUACCAUCCCAUAGGGACAUGCAAAAUGGGUCCUUAUUGGGACCAAGACGCAGUUGUAGACCCGCAACUUAGAGUGUAUGGUAUUAAGGGUCUAAGAGUUAUAGACGCGUCCAUAAUGCCCACCAUGGUUAGUGGUAACACCAACGCUCCUACGAUAAUGAUUGGGGAGAAAGGUGCUGAUCUGAUAAAAGAAUUUUGGAUGAAAGCAGCCAAAUAUGGAAGAAUCCUUCACGGAACUUAAUAGAAACAACACAAAAAAACAGGAAUAAAGUUACCUAGGAGUGUGUAAGAAGUGUUGCUAGUGUUGUUAGAAAGACGUUAGGGAAUUCAGAGACAAAAUUCCUAUGCCCUGUGUUGAAUCGUUUAAAAAAUUGAAUUUCAAUAAGCAUUUUCAGUUUGACGAGUUCACAAUUGGUAUUUAAUUUUAAAAGAACUAUUAACUAAAUUUUCUAUUCUUAUGAAAAUUUCUACUGAUAGUUUUUAUUUAUUUAUUCCAAAGACUUUAAGUAAUAUUUAUUUUUGAGUAGGUA